AUGCUACAGAACAGCUAUUCCAUGGUAGUUAACCUGGUGGAUUUUUGUGGGCAGACCAUCAGAGACGACGGGCUGAUUAUCAAUUCGCACAGGGACUCCCGGCGCUACUACUUCGUGGCCACGGGGACGGACUGCUCCCUCACCAUGCAGGCCGCGUCGCCCAAAGACAAAGUCCAGUUCCAGUUCCGCUUCUUCUUGGUGUACAGCCUGCUGCGCCUGGCCCCCAGCGGCGGGCCCCCGUCCAACGCCACCCGAGCGCCUCUGCCCCCAGAGACCGCCCGGCCCAGCCAAAGGGGGCCUGGGCAGCCCUCAUCCGGCGGAGACUGGGAGCUUCAGGACCCCUGUAAUGCUGGAUCGUAUGUGCAAUUCUAUGAUGGCAGAGGUCGCGCCGCCGAGCCUCUGGGGUUCCCGCUGUGUGGGAAGAGCAUCCCCAGGCCCAUCCUGUCCACCGGGAACUACUUGACCCUGCGCUUGGUGACACGGGGGCAGCAGCCCCGGGUGGAUUUCGUGGGCGAUUUUACAUCCUUCCGUCUGGGUUUCAACAUGUCCGAGUGCAGCGAGGAGCCGUACUUCCAGUGCCGGAACAGCAAGUGCAUCCCCAUGAGCCUGGUGUGUGACCGGACGGGCAUCGAUAACUGCGGGGAUGGCUCGGACCAGGCAGCCCACCCCCCUGCCAAGUGCAGAGGCCGCCCUCCCACAUCAGCGUUUCUCCAGCCUGAGAGCAGCCCUGCAGCCCACAUCACCCCCUGCAUGGCAGCCUGUGGCGGGGCAGAGAAGAGCCAGCCCUUGGCCCCAGACACCGUGCCCCAGGACGAGCCUGCAGCAGGUGAGAGGAGCUUGUGCUCCCUGCUGGCCCUCUACAUCCUCCUGGGCCUGGGCGUGGGCUCAGCCCUCCUGCUCUGGUGCUGCUGGUCCCCUGGCUGGUUUGUCUGGAGACUCGGGGCCUGCCGGUUCCUGCCUGGCUGCAACUCCAUGUGGGCCUCGUGCCAGCUCUGCCCCCACAGCUGUGCCCCCAGGAACCAUGGCUGUUCCAGCAAAGUCACGCCGCAGCACAGCGCUGACCUGCCCAUCUGA